UUGUAUUGUGUCGGUACGGCUUUGAUAAUGUAUCUAGCAAUGUAGCUGGCAACAACUCGUAUACUAGCUAUGUAUUAACUAGCUAGCUAUUAGCUGACUAGUUUACAGUAUGUUGACUUUUCCUGGUUUUUAGAGUAAUUCCUCAGAAGCUAGCAAAUGAUCAGGUGCUAAACCUACAACCAGUCAAUUCAUUUUAUUCCAGAAUACAACUGCAUCGUAUCGCGUGUGUGUUCAAUCAAUGAAUGUGUCAGCGUAAUAUUACAGAGUUAACUGUAUUUCUUUUGGUAUCCUUAUUCACUCGAAGCAUUUCAACACAAUUCAGUAGGUAAAAGUUAAAGCGUAUAGGCUCUAGUUUCAGGCGUGUUCCUUCUCUUUUCUUUUGAACAGUAGGCUAAGUGAACUGGCAGCGUUCUGUUAAAAAGCUAAAGCCAUGAAUCAUGAAUCGCGUCACUACGUGACGCCCUGUGACUCCAGUUCUGUAGUAAGACACCACAUACAAAUAAGAUAAUAUAAUAAUCUACUUCUAGACAGUCGUUUUGGUUUAAGACAUUCAUAUUUAAGAGAAGGGCAUGGGUAUGGAGAUAUGUCUAUAACCAGCAAAAGAAGUAAUAUGUCAAUAUUUAACCAUGGUCAUAUCACUUAAUUCGCUGACUCAGUUUGCGAUUUAACUAAAGGUUAAAGAGCGGGUCAUAUCGUAAAUACUUUGAACUUCGCUAUCUUCUCCGCCAGUUCCAUAUUUCUCGACAGAUUUCUUGUUACCCCCGAAAAUAACCAAUAGCAUGAAACCAGAUAACGCCAUGUCUCCAAAGAUAACCGUCGAGUUGCUGAGGCAGCUGCGACAGGCCAUGAAAAACAGCAAGUACAUUACCGAGCCCAUACAGGCUUAUAUAGUACCAUCAGGGGAUGCACACCAGAGUGAAUACAUAGCACCAUGUGACUGCAGGCGUGAAUUUAUCUGUGGGUUCAACGGCUCUGCAGGCACGGCUAUAGUAACUGAGCAGCAUGCUGCAAUGUGGACAGAUGGCCGCUACUUCUUACAGGCAAGCCAGCAAAUGGACAAUAACUGGACUCUCAUGAAGAUGGGCUUGAAAGAGACACCCACUCAAGAGGAUUGGUUGAUCAGUGUUCUGCCAGAGAAUUCUAAAGUGGGCGUCGAUCCCUGGAUAAUUGCCGCAGAUCAGUGGAAAAACAUGUCCAAGGCAUUGGCCAGUGCUGGACAUUCACUGGUUGCUGUCCAGGAUAACCUAAUUGAUGCCAUUUGGCAGGACCGCCCAUCCAGACCCAGCACAAAACUGAUAACUUUGGGUUUGAAGUACACUGGCAUGACUUGGCAGGAGAAAAUUGUAGCAUUAAGGACAAAGAUGUCAGAGAGAAAAAUCUCCUGGUUUGUUAUCACCGCGCUUGAUGAAAUUGCGUGGCUCUUCAACCUGCGAGGCUCAGACAUUGAGUACAACCCUGUGUUCUUUGCCUAUGCCAUUGUUGGAAUGAACACAAUCAGGCUCUUCAUCGACGUCAAGCGCAUGGCAGCCACCGCGGUACGGGAGCACCUGCAGCUGGACGAGCCCACCGCGGCCGGGAUGACCAUCCAGACCGCUCCUUACGAGUCCGUUUACACCGAGCUACAGGCCGUCUGCGCCGCACUGGCGCCCCGGGACAAAGUGUGGAUCAGCGACAAGGCCAGCCAGGCGCUCACCGAAGUCAUCCCAAAGGCACACAGAUCCCCAAUACCGUACACUCCUCUGUGCCUGGCCAAAGCCGUGAAGAACGCCACCGAGAUACAGGGAAUGAAAACGGCUCAUGUGAAAGAUGCUGUCGCGCUCUGUGAACUGUUUGCGUGGCUGGAAAAAGAGAUUCCAAAGGGCACCGUGACCGAAAUCUCUGCUGCAGACAAAGCAGAAGAAUUGCGCAGCCAGCAGAAAGACUUUGUUGGCUUGAGUUUUCCUACAAUUUCAAGUGUGGGACCAAAUGGAGCUAUAAUACACUAUAGACCCCUACCAGAAACCAACCGGACUCUGAGUCUUAAUGAAGUCUACCUGAUUGACUCUGGAGCCCAGUACACGGAUGGGACUACAGACGUGACCCGAACCAUGCACUUUGGGACUCCAUCAGCUUUUGAAAAGGAGUGCUUCACCUAUGUUCUGAAGGGACACAUAGCUGUGAGUGCAGCCAUCUUCCCUAACGGAACCAAAGGGCACCUGCUGGACUCUUUCGCCCGCUCGGCAUUGUGGGAGUCGGGGCUGGAUUACCUGCACGGGACGGGGCACGGCGUGGGGUGCUUCCUGAACGUCCACGAGGGGCCCUGCGGCAUCAGCUACAAGACGUUCGCCGACGAGCCUCUGGAGGCGGGGAUGAUCGUCAGCGAUGAACCCGGCUAUUAUGAGGACGGAUUUUUCGGCAUACGACUCGAGAACAUCGUCCUGGUCGUGGCGGCUAAGCCCAAGUAUAACUACAGGAACCGAGGCAGCUUGACAUUUGAGCCCAUUACUCUUGUCCCAAUCCAAGUGAAAAUGAUGAACACAGACUUACUCACACAGAAGGAGCGUGACUGGGUAAAUGAAUACCACAGGCAGUGCCGGGAAACAGUGGGGGCAGAACUGGAGAGACAGGGCCGCAAAGAGGCCCUCGAUUGGCUGAUGAGAGAAACCCAGCCAAUAGCCUGAAGACGGAAUCAGUCAUGUGAACACCAGACCAUUAUUUAAUCCAGCAGUAUGCAGAAGAGUACGAUCAGCCGUGAUUAUUAUUUUUCCUUUUUCUUAAAAAAAGUUCUUAAUCUCGCUUUCUUACUCUUGUCUGUAACUUUUGCGCUGUCCUUAUUUUGUAUUAAAACACACAUAUGAUAUUCAAUAAAACAAAAUGUAAAAUAA